AUGCAAUGGCAGCCCUAUGAGGGGGUGAGCCUCCCACAGCUGGGAGGCUUCAAGCAGAGUGAUGUUGCAACGGAGAGUCCUGGAGAAAUUGAGUUAGAUGACCCUGAAGGCCAUGAGAUAAUCAGUUCUACAAAUCUCAUAAUUCUGCUGGAGGAUGAAAUCUUCGCUGAUUUUUUCAACACAUUUCUUUCUCUCCCGGUCUUUGGUCAGACACCUUUUUACACAGUUGAAAAUGCAGAGUGGAGUUUGUGGCCAGAAAUCCCUCAUGACUUGGUUUCAAAGUACAAAGGAUUACUGACCUGGUUGGGAAAAUACCGGUUACCUUUCUUCUGUAAAACCGACCUGUGUUUCCAUUAUAUUCUCUGUCAAGAGCUCAUCAGUUUCAUUAAUUCCCCAGAAGGAGCCAAGAUGAUGCGAUGGAAGAAGGCAGACCAGUGGCUACUCCAGAAGUGCAUUGGCAGAGUCAGAGGGAUGUGGCACUUCUACACCUACCUCAAGGGCAGUGCAGGUGAAGAGCUGGUGGAUUUCUGGGUCCUUGCUGAGAAGAUCCUGAGCAUAGAUGAGAUGGACGUGGAAUUAAGAGACCACUAUCUAUCCCUCCUCCUUGUGCUGAGGGCCACCCAUCUUCAGGAGGGCUCACAGGUUAUGACUCUCUGCAACGUGAACAUCAAGUCCCUCCUGAACUUCUCCAUCUGGCAUCCCAACCAGUCAACCACCAGGAGGGAGAUCUUGAGCAACAUGCAGAAAGUGGCACUGUUCAAACUCCAGAGCUAUUGGCUUCCCAACUUUUACACCCAUGCCAGGACCAUCAUAGCUAAGGAGGAGUCAUGCCAGGGACUGAUGCAAGAAUAUGAGACUCGCCUGUGCAGCAUUUGCUGUACCCAUGAAGGAGGGCUUCCUCUGGACAUGAGCAUCAGGAAGCCCCACCACCCCCAGAAGCGAUACUCGAGCAGGAAGGCCAAGCUGAAGAUGUGGCAGUUGAUAGAUCAUGCCCCUUGGUCUCUAGAAUUGGAUACCAAGCCAGACACUGACUGUGCGCCCUCCCAGGAGGUCCACCCCCAGGGGAGGAUGGCUAUACAACUGCCUCCCCUGAAAAAGACCUCUUCAAAGGAGAGAAUAACCUGUUCCCUGGAAAAGGAUAUUCUCUGUGCCGGGAAGUCCAAGAUGAAGAAGACAGACAAGAGCUGCCUCCACAUGGAGGGCCUCUUUGAGACAAAGUUCUCUGCCCACCUAAGGACUGCCACCCCCAUCAUCAGUCACUCCUCCUGGAUGACAAUCAAGAAGGCCGUCAAGCAAAGGCUCUCCUUGAAGUACACCCACUGGGCCUUGUGUGCUGAUGUCUGUGCAGGGGGUCCCUUCCGGGACCACCUGAAGAAGCUGAAUUUGAAAGUGGAGCUCCGACUCCUGGACCUCUGGCACGAUCUGCACCAUUUCCUCAGUGUCCUGAUGAGUAACAGGAGGACUGGGAAUGCCAUCUUCUGGCACAUGCUGGGCAACCGAAUCUGCGAACUCUACCUGAAUGAGCAGAUCGGCCCAUUCCUGCCACUCAAAUCCCAAACCAUCAAAGGCCUGAAGGAGCUGCUGCCUUCUGGGGAUGUGAACCCCUGGAUAUCCAGAGCCCAGGAGGAGAUCUGCCAGACGCUCAGCCGCUGGUUUGACGAAUUCCUGGAUGAAGAGGACUACUGGUUCCUCACUUUCACGACUCAGACCAAGUUCAUGAGCACCAGGUGGCAUAAGAGAGACUCCAUCAGCAGAAAAGAGAACCUUCUUCUCUAUAAGAGGUUUGAGGAAUCCCUGGCAUUGAGCCAGGGUUUGGUGAACAUGGAAGAGAUGGAUUCUCUGCAGUGGCACAAACUAGCUUCUGAGGACCUGAGACAAGGCGGGUCUCUCCGGGUGGAACUGCAGGCUCCAGUGUACCUGGCAGAUGUAGAGAAAAUGACCUUUGAGGAACUCUGCUGUGUGUAUCCAAAGGUGGCUGUAGAAAAGAUCAGCAGUGACUACAAAAUAUACUGUGAAAAAGCGCCUAAGAUAGAUCUCAGAGUGAAAAUUGUCAGAAAUCCAAGGACACGUUCAUCCACGGAAAGGAAAACAUCCUUCUUGAAAAGGACUGAGGCUGUAAGGAAGCCUUCGCUACAACCCAGAAACCUGACAGAGGUCCUCCUGAACGCACAGCACUUGGAGUUCUUCCUGGAGUUCCUCAGAGAGCGGCAGGCCGAUGGCCCGUUGCGGUUCCUGGUCGCUGUGCAGAGGAUGAGUGCUGAGGUGGAUGAAAAGAGUUGCAAGUCUAUCGUUGAAAACAUAAUGAAGACUUUCUUCCAUGGAAAAGUCUCUCCUGAAGAAAUGCUGCAGUGUGACGCCCCUAUCAUCAAAGAAAUUGCUCAGAUGCGUCGGGUCAGCACAACCCCGUUGUUAGCGCUGCAGGACUAUGUCAUGAAAUCUCUGGAAGAAAAGUGGUUUAAAGAUUACCAGGAGUUAUUCCCAGCUUAUCCUCAAGAAGUGCAAACCAAAGUACGAACUCUGCCUAGGAAGCCCUCGAAGACGACAGCAACUCAACAUCAGGCAUCCCAGAAGAGAUCCUGUCUGAAAAUGGUCAACUUUAUCAAGAGCUUUUGCAAAUACCGCAGAUUUAUGUCUAAUAUCAACAUGCGCCCGGAAUUAGAAGAAUAUCUGCACCUGGAAGUACACAAUAACAAGGAAAAUUUCUCUCCACCAUCCAAAGAUGCAUCAGGACGCCCAUCCCCACAUCACUCAAAUGUCCGGGGCGCAGACGAGAAUGGAGAUAUGACCCUUGUGAAGCGCCGCAUUUUAGGUCACAGGAUUAUCACUGUCAACUUUGCCAUCAAUGAUUUAUAUUUCUUUUCUGAAAUGGAUAAAUUUAACAACUUGGUGAGUUCAGCUCAUGUGCUGCAAGUCAGCCGAGCCUACAGCGAGAAUGAUGUGAUCCUAAUGAGGCUGAAACUUAACGUUAUAUUAAACCUCUACCUGCAGUCGGAGGUCCCUCCAAAGCUGAGGGUGAACAUCUCUGAGUCCCAGAAGGAUUCCAUCCUUGCUGCCAUUACAGAGGGCCACCUAGAUCGGAGCAUCUUCCACGGGGCUAUCAUGUCUCUCUUCCCUGUCAUUAUGUACUUCUGGAAAAGGUUUUGUUCCUGGAGGGCAACCCGCUCUUACUUCCAGUACAAGGGGAAGAAGCCCAAGGACAGAAAAAUUCCUCCUAAGCCUACGUACCCGUACCCUUCUUGGAGCGGAGGAGACUACACCACGUUAAGAUUCUCCCUGCUCAGGGGUUUUGAAUGGUUGCGGGCUCAGCAGCGAGAUGUAGUGGCAAGUUCAGCCCAGAACUCUUCAUCGAGCAACCUGACCCAGCCAGGACCUGCCCUCUCCAUAUUGCAGCUGUGUCCUGUCCCAGGACAAAAAUUAUCCAGCACCAAAAAGGAGAAGAAAUAA